CGGUCAAUUACUCCUGUAUUCCAUAAUAAGUUACAUACUAGGAUAAAAAGUAACAGUUUUAUAUCCACAUUCACGUUGAAUUAUAUUCUUAUUCUACGUUGUUUCUGAGAUAUAGAUCUAUUUCACACGGGAAUACAUUAGCAAAAUGGUCAAGGUACAACUCUGUUUUCAGUUACUAUGUGUAGUGCGCGUGUUUGGCGGUCGUCUAGAACAGUUAGAGGAAAGAGUGAUGGCGAUUCAAACUUUGACCUUUCAGGACAUAAAUAAGCUAAGAGAGUCCGUUGAUAGAAACUAUGGAGAAAUACAACUACUAACCAAGUUCAUCAACAUCACCAUGUCACAGGUUAUACAGGCAGUGAUACCCGUAUCAACAACUACGCAAGAUCAGACAGAUGGAACAUGGAGUCCGAAGGGUAACGAAAUGAAAUCGGACUUGAUCAGGCUAAAACGAGCUUUUAGGGAUCAAAAAGCGUCAGUUCAGACUUUGCAUUCAGAGUUAGACGAUAAAUUAGAAAAUCUUAGAAAUGAACUGAAACUGCAUCGGAGGGAAACUCUUAAUAUAACCAAGGGGCAAUCAAAAGAAAUUCUUGACAAAAUUAUAGAGACAACGGAGGCAGUGAAUUCUGUAUGGUCUAUGGCAACAGACACUAUGAAUGGCAUUACAGAAAUACAAGAAAAACUUAAUUCAACUGCCGAUGAUGUAACAAAUACAAUAAACCGUGCAUUGAUGAACACAACGAAACUAAUCGAGGCAGUUUCGCGUAACUCUAAUAAUACAAUCAAUUUAUUAUACACAUUUCACAUGAACAAAGUUAUAAAAUUAGUAGGCAGUACUUCUUCAGGCCGACUUGAAGUAUUUCUUAAUGGCGAAUGGGGUACAGUUUGUGAUGACAGCUUUGAUACACAUGCAGCUAAUGUUGUCUGCAAAAUGCUGGGAUAUGGACGCGGCGAAUAUUAUGGUAGAGCACGUUAUGGGCAAGGAACUGGUCCUAUACUUCUUGAUAAUGUCGAUUGUACUGGUAACGAAAGUAUCUUAUUUGAUUGUGAGAUUGAUUACGAUACCAGCGAUUGUGGACAUCACGAGGAUGUUGGAGUGUCAUGUACUCGAUAAACAUGAUAUGUCUAAAGACGAAAUACCUGUCAGUGUAUCAUUUUCGUAAGGAAAGCCAGUAUUAAUAAAAAGUGUCAAUUGUUGUACAAAAGUCUGCUGUAAUAUUGAUUAUACAUAUUAAUGUUAUUUUUUGAACACACUCAUAGGUACCACCUCUGUAAAGGAACAUCUCUAAGACAGAAAUUCGUUUGUUGUACAUAGUUUGUUUUUCGGAGAGAUUGAUAUAGUAAGAAACUGAUCUACUUUGAAAGCAAUUGUUUGCAUAGCAGGGAGCAAAUUGUUGUUCAGUUAGUUUUUUUCUCUCGAUUCUCAGAAUGUAAUUUUUCAACUCUUUGCUGCUGGAAGGUUAAUGUUGAACUAUUGACCAAAUGUUUAUUCACCGACAUUAUGAAUGUCUACACGACAGAAGUGAUUUGCAAAAGCUGAAGCUACAUAUAUUUAAAUGAAAGAGAGCCAUUUUCUAUAUUUUCAUGAGUGCGUAGUGCGGGAGAAAAACAUAUUUACAAAAACGAAAACAUUUUCUUUUUAUUUCUUGCUAAUUGAUGAAAAACAAGCAAAGAAAAAAACAAAAAACUGUAUCUUCAGUGUGUUAUUGAAUAUUUUCACUGACGAAACACAGUAAACACCGAAUGCAUUUUAACUAUUGAAUUUUUAUGUAUGAUCAUUGACACAUAAGCUUAGAUUUAAACAUGAUUUAUGUACUUGCAUGUACGAGCUCAUCAAAAGUUCUUUAAGAAAUUGUUAGGUGUCAAGAAAACGACACAAACUGAAUUGAUAUAUGGUGAUCUUUGUAUAAAUUUUAAAUAUAUAUUCAGCAUUAAAAUGUCAUUAAAUAUUUGAUAAAAUUCAACAUGCAUAUGAAAAGAAAUAUAUAACGAGUUUAUGAUUGACUGAAAAUAAUUUUAAGAAUUAUCCGAAUCGGAUAAACUGGUUUUGAUCAGUAUGAAAUUUGUUGUACAUAUUAGAUUUUUAUGGUGACUGGCUGAAAGAAAAUGUUCGUAAUGUCAUGGAUAUGUUUACUUAUUGCUUUUGUUAUACACGUAUCAUUACUGUGUUUGCUUUGUCUCAAUGAAAUUAAACCAAAAUGUUAAAGAAGGUCAAAGUUCACAAAAACAUUUUUCUGAGCUGUUAACCUUUAUUUCGUUUUCGAAUUGCAAAUAUUUUCAUGAUCAUGGAGGAAUGAUUAUAAUAGUAUGAUUUAUACACUAAGCAUUAUAAUGUCUCUAUGUAUAUUUGUCAAUAUGCUUCUUUGAAAUGUUUUCUUUACGUCACUGUUCACCGCAUAUUAUACUUUGCUUGUCCUCAUGGGCUUCUUACUGUAAUGGAAUAUAAAUAUAUUAUGUAGCAUAUAAUAAACACUUAUGUAGU